CCCCCGUAAACCAAAAAAAUAUCUCACUAUUAUUGGCGGGAAAGAGCACAGAACAUCUGAAUCCAAACCGGUAAGAGGACGAAGAACACUGAUUAAAUCUUUCUGAAUUUGGAUUUGGAUGAUUGGGUGACCAGAAAUCACUCCUUGUGAAUGGGCAGAGACGCAGAGUGGGUGCUUUUAUUUUAAGACGGCAGGGACGAUUGCUUCCAUUGCUGACAAGAAAGACACCAAUUUUUCAUUUGCUUCAACUGCGGUACGGAAAACCUUCUGUAUAAAGAUUGAAAUGGUGAAUCCUGGUAGAGUUAACUGGUGAUCCUGUUGUCAUUUGGUCGGGAAAGAAAAGAUUGCAUCCGCUUCCCCUACUAUAUAACCGGUCUCGUAUAUCUCCAAACCCAACGUGUUAGUUUCCCUUCAUAGGCAAUGGAGGAUGAUCGAUGAGGACGAGCCCUAGACAAGGAUAGAAAGGAGGCAGCUUUUACUUGGAGAAUGCCUCCAAGGAAGAGAACAAGUUCUGGGGGAUCUAAGAAAUCGAGCAACCAGAACCAGCAGCCACCAUCUGAGCCGCCCAAGUUUGGGAUCCAGCAUUUCUUUGAACGCCACACCCAGAAUGUCAGCUCACAGAAACCCAAGGAUGGGGUUGAUUCACACAGUUCGGGUUCAGAUAUUCAUGCUUCUUCGGGGGCUCCAAAUGGUAUCAAACCAGCAAACCUUAAUGCUCAUGAUCAUACGAAUGAAGGGAGUACUGUUGGUCAAAACCCCGAAAGUGCUCUUGACUCCACUAGUUUGGGGUUGGAGCAUGCUACUUCAUCAACAAAAAACACUAAAUCAUUGACGAGGUUGAGAAACAGUGGGAAUGUGAUGGGAUUGAAGAAAGUGAAUCUGAAUGGUGCUGUUUCGUCCUCUGACACUGAAGUUCUGAUUCAAAAUAGCACUUGUCAAAAGUCAGGGGAAGAAUUGAACUCAAAGGUCAUUGAAAUGGGAAGUCCAAAAAAUGGUGCAGGUUUACAAGGAAGCAGGCCUAUUAAUAACAAUAAUUCAUCACAGAAUAUCCCCUCCGGUAGUUUACUAGCUGUUGUAGCUGGAGAGGAAGCCAGUGAAGAAGAGGUAACACCUGAGAUUUGCAAGUCGGCAUCUGUAAAGAGGUUCAAGUUUUCUCCAGGAAUGUUGAUAAAGCAAAGCCAGGAUGAUGGAGGUGAUGAGGUUACUUGGAGAAUUUCUCCAGUAAAUGACCGGCUAAAUGCGAUGUCAAAAGCACAGAAGAUACGGAAGCUGGCAGAUUGUCCACGGCUCAACUUGUCAAGUUUUCAACAGUGUUCACAGAAAAAGGUCCAGUCUUCUGUAUCAGUUGCAGCAGUUCCGAAGGGGCCAUCUUCAUCUCCAGUUAAAAAGGCUGAAAAUUCGAAACUAGAUCCUGUAAGUGUGGAUCAAGUUAUGGAUACUUAUGCUAAGAAUGGAAGGGUCAAUGACGAGAAUGACUCUGCCAUAGUUAACAGUCAGAGUCCUUUUAAGACACCUCCUUCUCUAACAUUUGGCCAUGAAAAGUCUGUCAAGGAUUCCAAUCUUCCUGAAGCAUCUAAUCAGCUUGGUUCAAGAUACAAGAAAAAGGCACUGAUUGAUCUUUUGGAUCAAGUAGAAGAUGUAAUAUAUGUUGAAUCGUUGUUAAAGAAGGAGAACACGGUAUUUCCUGGAAAUGAUCUGCAUAUAAGAUCUGAUCCAGUUUUGCCAGAAGUGUCUAGUAACUUGAGCGAAACUUCACUCUUAUUUCUUGUAUUGGAGGUUUCUGAAAAGCAUGAAAAUGUUGUAUCAUCUGGUUCAAAAUGCUCAUUUAAGGUUUUGCGCCUUUUCAAUGAACAAAGAGGGGAAGAGCGAACUGCGCAAUUGUGGGAUGAAUGGUUCUACACUGUUGUUGCACCUGGUGACACUGUUCAUGUGAUAGGAGAAUUUGAUGGCCAUGGGGCAUGUGAUGUUAACCAUGAGAAGAACUUUCUAAUUGUUCAUCCAGAUAUUUUGGUUUCCGGAACUCGGGUGGCUGCGAGUUUCAGUUGCUCAAGACGUACCGUUCUGGAUGAGAGGCUAAAGGUUAGCGAAAAUUCAGCUGCCGCACUGAUGGGAACCCUAUUGCAUCAGAUUUUUCAGGCUGGGCUUAUACAAGAAUCUCCCACGAAAGACUUUUUUGAAGAAUAUGCACAAGUCUUGAUUCACAAAAACCUCGAGAAUCUGUAUGCAUGCAAAGUCAGUGAAAAUGAGACUCACAAAGUAUUGAUUAAGGCAAUACCAAAAGUAUUGAAUUGGAUACAUCUCUUCCGUGAUUCAGAGGGUUCGCAAAUUCAAAAUAAAGCUUCUGGAAGUGAAGAUAAAGAGAAAAAGAUCAAAGUUUUGGAGGUACUUGACAUUGAAGAAAUGGCAUGGGCCCCAAAAUAUGGUUUGAAAGGGAUGAUUGAUGCUUCUGUGAAAGUAAAAGUUCAAAUGAACAAUGAAGUUACUGAUGUGAUCGUGCCUCUGGAAUUCAAAUCUGGGAAAGGAACUACUGGCCAGGCAGCAAUGGAACAUAACGCACAAGUCAUGAUUUAUACUCUUUUAAUGUCCGAAAGAUACUCAGAAAUGAUUAGUUAUGGACUUCUUUACUACCUUCACACAAAUCAAACACAGGGAAUGACAGUUCAAAGAUCUGACUUGGUUGGCCUUUUAAUGCGUCGUAAUGAACUUGCAAAUGAUCUUCUACGAGCAUCAACAACGCAACAACUGCCUCCAAUGAUACAGAGUCCAAGCAUGUGCAGGGGAUGUCGACAUCUUAAUGUCUGUAGCAUUUACCAUAAGGCAUACAGUGGUACAAGUGAUAGUAGUGGACUUGGAAACCUGUUCGAUUCUCUUGUUAACCAUCUAACUACUGCACAUGCUGUUUUUCUUCAAAAAUGGGAUCGAUUGAUUGACUUGGAGGCUAAAGAAGUCGAGUUUGCCAAGAAGGAAAUAUGGAGCUCACAUGGUUCACUAAUCGAAGACCCUUCCUCUUCACUAUGUCCUCUUGUUCUUAGCCCUUCAGAUAAAGGGGGUCAGAAAACCUCUUGUAAGGGAAACCGGUUUGUUUAUCACUUUGUUCACCAAAGUUUUCAUUUAACAAGCAUAAAUCAUCAGAACUCAGAUGGUUCUUUUCCCACGAACAAUUUGGAAUGCAGACUCAGAAAUGGGGACUAUGUGAUAUUGAGCACUCUACCUGGCCGUUUACUAAUAGCUAGUGGAAUCAUUACAGAUAUAAGUAGCUCCCAUGCCUCUGUAUCAUUUUCAAAACGUUUGAGGAUUCCGGGAAGCAGAUUGGAAGAUCUUUGUCAGCAAACUUGGCGUCUGGACAAAGAUGAGUCCACAUCAUCAUUUGCAAUCAUGAGAUUCAACCUCAUACAACUGUUUAUGCAAAACGAAGAUAAUGUACAUCUCAGGAAGAUGAUUGUUGAUCUUGAGGUGCCUAGAUUUGACAGUGGCUGCAUCUUUAGUCAAGAUCCUGCCAUUUCGUACAUCUGGUCUGAGAAAACACUGAAUGGGGAUCAGCGCAGGGCUAUACUUAAGAUACUUACAGCAAAGGAUUAUGCACUGAUAUUGGGAAUGCCUGGAACUGGCAAAACAUCCACUAUGGUGCACGCUGUGAAAGCAUUGUUAAUUAGAGGUGCAUCUGUUUUGCUUACAUCUUACACAAACUCCGCUGUUGAUAAUUUGCUUCUCAAAUUGAAGGCUCAGGAUAUAGAUUUCAUUCGUAUUGGAAGAAGUGAGUCUAUUCACGAGGAGAUUCUAGAACAUUGCCCAUCAACUACUGAACUCUUUGGUAUUGAAGACAUCAAGCAAAGGCUAGAGAAAGUAAAAGUUGUUGGUGUUACGUGUUUGGGGAUAACUAGCCCUUUACUGACUAAAAAGAGAUUUGAUGUGUGUAUUAUGGAUGAAGCUGGGCAAACUACAUUACCUGUAUCUUUAGGACCAUUGUUGUUAGCAUCAAAGUUUGUUCUUGUAGGGGACCAUUAUCAAUUACCACCACUUGUUCAGAGUUCUGAGGCCAAGGAGAACGGAAUGACAGUAAGCUUGUUCUGCAGGCUCUCUGAAGCACACCCCCAAGCCAUUUCAGCUUUGCAAAGCCAGUAUCGUAUGUGCAAAGAAAUAAUGGAACUAUCAAAUACCUUGAUAUAUGGCAACCGACUACGCUGUGGAUCUUCAGAAGUGGAGAAUGCGAAGCUCACCUAUUCUUGUCUUAUAGCUGGACCUCCAUGGAUGAAGGAGGUUAUAAAUCCUGCCAAACCUGUAAUGUUUAUCAACACUGAUCUGCUGCUAGCAUUUGAGACAAAUGACCAUAAAAGUAUAAAAAACCCAAUGGAGGCAUUUAUUAUUGCUGAGGUAACUAACAAGCUGUUGAAAGUAGGCAUUUCACAGGAGGAUAUUGGCAUCAUUACACCGUACAACUCCCAGGCAGAUUUGAUUAGGCAAUCUGUUUCAACAUCAGUUGAGAUACAUACAAUCGACAAAUACCAGGGAAGAGAUAAAGAUUGCAUUUUAGUGUCAUUUGUAAGGUCAAAUGAAAACCCAAAGAGCGGUGCUUCUACAUUGCUUGGAGACUGGCACCGAAUUAAUGUUGCCCUUACACGUGCGAAGAAGAAGUUGAUAAUGGUGGGGUCAUGUGCUACACUCUCUAAAGUUCCCCUUCUGAAGCUUCUUAUUGAAAAGGCUGAACAUCAACGUCGCAUUUUAACUGUCACAGAAAAUGACAUUCAUCAUUGUAAUGCUGAGAGAAAGAGAUGUUCCCAGAUCAUAUCAGAACGUGAUGUUUUGACCUCCCAACACUAAAAUUUUGAUUAAGCCAAUUUUUUUUUGUAUAUCCCUCAAUUUGAGGAUUGUAAAUGCUCUUUUGUCCAUUCUUGUUACGGAGUAUUAAUUUUGUAAGUGUUGUAAUGCUUUAGGCUUAUAUUCGUGUGUUCUCAUGUGUUUCCAAACACGUCGAACACUUAAAUAUAAAAUAUAGAUGGCGAUUUCAAAAUAGCACCA